AGCGGCGCCGUCAGUCAAGAAACGUCUCGUCGAACGAACGGCUGGCGAUUUACGACACGGGGAUGGCGUUGAAACGCCGGUCCUCGUCUGUGUGACGCGAAAAUCUGAGACGCUUGCCGGUCGCGUGUGUGCGCGAGAAAAUAGAGAGAGAGAGAAAGAGAGGAACCGCGUAAUGGCCCGCGAUGGCCUGACGGUUCUGUGACACGAGUUCUCCUCGGCGCGACCUCGGCGAGUCGACGACCACGAGCGCCCAUCAUGGCGGCCGCGGAACACGAGACGAAAGUCCGGGAUGAAAACACGCCGUAUCUCACAGACUUUCCCGAGCGAGUGCGAUACGGCUGGUUCAAAUCGAACGACCCGGACACGACGGUCACGUGCGAGCCACUGCCCAAUGUGAACAUCUAUCUGUACGGUAGUGCUAAUUGCAGAAUCAUUGGUGAGAAAGGCGACUACGAGUGGAAUUUCACGAUCAUCACGACGGGCGGUCAAGAGUUACAGAAUGUGGCCUUGAUAUCCAACGAUCAUCGAGGUAACUUCUUCCUGAAGUCGGUGCGAAACAAGGACGGCGCGGAUAUCGGCAUGACGAACCUCCAGGAGUGGCGGCACAGUCCGGACUUCUCUCAAGAGGACAAGAGGCAGUAUCUGGUGACGGUCGGUUUCACCGCCAGGAAACACAGCACGUAUCGGCAGGACCUGGUUUUCGGCUUCCUAAAUCCGCCGGCGCACCUCCAGAGGAUCUGCGCGGACUACUUGCACAUCAAGGACUACGAACGGAUACAGAGAGCGACGAAUUAUCAGCAGUCGCAGAUACCGUCGAGAUGGAAGGAACCGUACGAAUUCUAUUCGUCCUUCACGCCGCACACCAAUCCGCGGCAGAUCAAGCUCUCGCGGAUCUAUGCGUACCCGGAUAGACAGAACUUCAGCCUCACGCAAGACACGCUGUCGGACAACCGGCUGACGCCACGCAACUAUCGGGGUCGCAUGCACGAAAUGAUCACCCUCGAGGAGAUCGCCCGGCACGAGCAGAUCUCGAGAUACAACCAUCUCUCGUGGUUGCGUCUCAUGGCGCACUACGUGCUGUUCAACAGCGACGGCUCCACCAUCACUAAAUACACACCGCCGGGUGAGCUCUUCGCUCAGAUCCCACUCAGUCGGGACAUCUUGGAGGAUACGCAGAGCGGCAGACUCUUGCAGCGCAGCUGUAAUAGCGUUCUACUCAGAUUGUGGCACAAGAAGAACACGAAACACGAUAUCUUCGAAGCUCACAUCGAAGAUAAGAGCUCGCACUCGAUAUACGUCAGACUGAGCAAAGAAUGCGUGACUUUUUGGGAGCUGGAGGCGCACAACGAACUCGAGGUCGAAGUACAAUUCAUGUUGAACCGUCUGAACUUUUGUGAAUGGCACUUGGCGGUGGAUAGCCUCGAAGAUAUGGACCUGGUGUUCCUGAUGACCGAACAACACAAGACCAACAAUGAAAUUAUCCGCGACUUCCUGCAGGUUGACGCCGGCAAUCUCAGCAUCCUCUCUAGUCUACUACUGGAUUCGCCGCUCAAUCAUGAACAGAAGCAAGCAGUCACUGCGAUAACGUUGUCGAUUAAGAGUUCCUCGCCACCGGUCCUUUUGCUGGGGCCAUUCGGCACGGGGAAGACAUUCACCAUAGCGCACAUGCUGCGUAUGCUCGUGCUAAAUACGAACAAUCGGAUACUUCUGUGUACGCACAGCAACAGCGCCGCCGAUCUUUACAUCAAGGAGUUCUUCCACAUCUGGUACCAACAGGAUAAACACCCCAGACUCAAGCCCGUUAGGAUAUAUUACAAAUUGCGUUCUUUGAAUACGGUGCAUCCGACGGUGCUGCAGUACUGUCUAAUGGACGAGCACGGUCGUUUCCGCGACCCGGUUGCGGAGGAUCUUCAAAAUUGCGGUCUAAUAGUGACCACCCUGGCAACAUCUAGCUGUCUGAUGAGUCUUAAAUUAUCGCUGAGUCACAUAGUCAUUGACGAAGCGGCCCAGGCCAUGGAGUGCGAGGCGCUGAUAGCUCUGACUCUGGCGAACCGCGAGACUCGCCUGCUCCUGGCGGGCGAUCAGAUGCAACUCGCACCGGAAAUCUACAGCGUACUCGCGAACGAGCGAGGGCUAGGCGUUAGCCUCCUGGAGAGAAUGUACUCGUACUAUCCGCCGGAACACCCAUGUCGGAUACACUUGUGUCAAAACUAUCGCGCGCACGCGGAUAUAAUCAAGUACACGUCCGAGACGUUCUAUGACGGGAUGGUGAAACCUGCCAAUAUGAAACUGCUGAAGCACCCCGUCAUGAAGCCGUUGAUAUUUUAUGCUGUCAACGGCGCGGAAGAACAGGCUACAUGUUCCACGGGAUAUCAUCAUGCCACGGAGGCAGAAGAGCUAGCGAAUCGCGUCCUGGAGUUGAGGAAAGAAUGGCCGACGCCACAAUGGGGCCCGUAUGACGAAGGCUCCAUUGGAGUCUUGUCGUAUUAUCCUGAGCAAGUACAACGAUUGCGAAUCGAAUUGCGCAAGCGUCGGCUCUUCGACGUGUCCGUCGAGAGGGUGUUGAACGUCCAAGGCAAACAAUUCACUGCAGUUUUUAUCAGCACAGUCCGAACAAGAAUCUCUGAUAGAUCGUCUGCGGAAGUAAAAAUCAAGGAUUACGGCUUUUUAACGGAUCCACGCUUAUUGAAUACCGCGUUGACAAGAGCGAAGUGUUUCGUCGCGGUCGUAGGCGAUCCGGUCGCUCUGCUUACUAUAGGUUGCUGCAAAGAUCUCUGGAGAAAAUAUCUAGAAGCGGCUGAUUUGUACGGGAUGGACCGAAAAGAAUUGCAAACGCAUCUGAAUCAAGUUUCGAAAAUCCAGAUCUCGCCUUUGAACCCGCACGCGAGGGAAUUUAUCCCUAGAGCACCGCCUUUAUGUUUUGUGCAGUAUAUUCAAGUACCGAUUUUUUAUCCAGUAUGUUACCCCCCACAACGGCCAAUGUAAUAAUAGCAUAGUAUGAAAUCCGAGAAUUUUUAUCGAUUAUUUUGUGACACGGCCGUCCGUUUCACGAGUCUCGAAACCAUCACGUUUCGCUGGUACUACUGUCAGCACUCUCUUCGAUCGUAUCGAUCGCGCUAUAAAACGAGAAACUAUAUUUAAACUUCUCUACGUGUGCAUUGAUUUUACAAUUUUUCAUUUGUGCGAUGGUAUGAGUGUCUAUAUAAUAUGCAUAUGUAAAUUGUGUAUGUAAAUUGUAUGUUAGUUUAUCUUUAUUAAGAUGCAUAUCAGAAGCGUUUUAUUGACGUGGAAGUAUAAAUCUCUUUUUGAUGUACGAAUGAAUAUUAUCUACUAAUGAAUUAUUAAGAGAAAACCUCGAAUAUAUUUCGUAUUAACGAUUUGUUGAAUUUUUCUUAAAACAUUCUUCCUUUUAUUUAGACAAUGUGGACAUAA